UGUCCUGUUUAGUUGACCUUUUGAUUUCUGCAAGAAUAAGAAUGGGUUUGGUUUAUAUUUUUAAUCUUUUUGAUUCUCGGUCACCACAUGGCCUUUGAUUUUGGUGAGGGUUUUGUUUUUGUUUAAUUUUGAGGCUUCUUUUUAAUAAUAUAAUAUGUUUUAUUUUUUUAUUUUUUUUUCAAAAUGGUUUCACACAUUCAUCAUAUAAUGAAGCCUAUGAGUUUUUUAAGUUUUCUUUUAGAAAAUAAAUAUAUAUAGUUUAUGCAGCUAUGACUUCCACCUACCUUUGUCUUUAGAGAGAGAGAGAGGUACAUUGUGCUUGAUGAUUCCUUCACUCUGUGAUCAAAGAUGGCCGUUGUUCUUGAUGCCUUCAUCUCCGGGCUGGUCGGUACGUUGAAGGACAUGGCUAAAGAGGAGGUUGACUUGCUGUUGGGCGUCCCCGGGGAGAUCCAAAAGCUCCAACGCUCUCUCCGCAACAUCCACUCUGUCCUUCGCGACGCCGAGAAGCAGCGGAUCGAGAACGAGGGCGUCAACGACUGGCUGAUGGAGCUCAAGGAUGUCAUGUACGACGCCGACGACGUCCUCGACGAGUGCCGGAUGGAGGCCGAGAAGUGGACUCCUCGUGAGUCCGCUCCGAAGCCGUCCACCUUGUGCGGAUUUCCCAUCUGUGCUUGCUUUCGCGAGGUCAAGUUCAGACAUGAGGUGGGCGUCAAAAUCAAGGAUCUCAACGAUCGGCUGGAAGAGAUCUCGGCCCGAAGGUCCAAGUUGCAACUCCAUGUGUCUGCGGCGGAACCAAGGGUGGUUCCUCGAGUUAGUCGCAUAACUUCCCCGGUGAUGGAGUCUGACAUGGUUGGCCAGCGACUGGAGGAGGACGCCGAGGCACUGGUGGAACAGCUGACAAAGCAAGAUCCGAGUAAGAACGUGGUGGUGCUGGCAACUGUGGGGAUCGGCGGCAUCGGAAAGACCACCCUCGCUCAGAAGGUGUUCAAUGAUGGUAAAAUCAAAGCCAGCUUCCGCACCACCAUCUGGGUGUGCGUGUCCCAAGAGUUCAGCGAGACGGAUCUUCUCGGAAACAUCAUCGAAGGUGCUGGUGGAAAAUAUAAUAGAGAACAGAGCAGGAGUCUGCUGGAGCCCUUGGUGGCGGGUCUACUGAGAGGGAACAAGUUCUUGCUGGUGUUGGAUGAUGUUUGGGAUGCUCAGAUCUGGGACGACUUGCUCCGCAAUCCUUUGCAGGGAGGAGCAGCAGGCAGCAGGGUGCUGGUGACAACCAGAAACGCAGGGAUCGCGAGGCAAAUGAAGGCGGCCCACGUCCACGAGAUGAAGCUGCUGCCUCCGGAGGAUGGCUGGUCCCUCCUGUGCAAGAAGGCGACGAUGAAUGCAGAGGAGGAAAGGGAUGCCCAAGAUCUCAAGGACACAGGCAUGAAGAUUGUUGACAAAUGCGGAGGGCUUCCCCUGGCCAUCAAGACCAUCGGAGGGGUCCUCUGCUCCAGAGGACUCAACAGAAGUGCGUGGGAGGCAGUUCUCCACAGCGCCGCAUGGUCACGGACCGGGCUUCCCGAAGGUGUACACCGAGCACUGAAUCUGAGCUACCAAGACUUGCCGUCCCAUCUGAAGCAAUGCUUUCUCUACUGUGCCUUGUUCAAAGAAGACUAUGUGUUUGCCAGGUCUGACAUCAUCAAAUUAUGGAUAGCCGAGGGGUUUGUCGAAGCACGAGGAGAUGUCAGCUUGGAGGAAACAGGGGAGCAAUAUCAUAGAGAGCUGCUUCAUAGGAGCCUUUUACAAUGGCAACGUUACAGUCAGGACGACUACUAUGAGUAUUUCAAGAUGCAUGAUCUGCUGCGAUCGCUCGGCCAUUUCCUUUCGAGAGAUGAGAGCUUGUUCAUUAGUGACGUGCAAAACGAGUGGAGAAGUGGUGCCGCCACGAUGAAGCUGCGUCGGUUGUCGAUUGUGGCCACUGAAACCACGGACAUCCAGCGUAUCGUCAGUUUGAUCGAGCAACAUGAGUCCGUGAGGACAUUGUUAGCGGAGGGAACACGUGGCUAUGCGAAGGAUAUAGAUGAUUACUUGAAGAACUUUGUGCGACUUAGAGUCCUGCAUCUUAUGCACACAAAAAUCGAGAUUCUACCGCACUACAUUGGAAAUUUGAUCCACUUGAGAUACUUGAAUGUGUCUUAUACCGAUAUAACGGAGCUUCCAGAAAGCAUAUGCAAUCUGACGAAUUUGCAGUUUUUGAUCCUUUUUCGAUGUAGACAGUUGACACAUAUCCCACAGGGUAUAGUUAGGCUAGUCAAUCUAAGAACACUCGAUUGUCAACUUACAGGCCUGGAGAGCUUACCAUGUGGAAUAGGAAGGUUGAAGCUCCUCAAUGAACUCGUAGGAUUCGUGGUGAACACGGCUACUGGUUCGUGCCCAUUGGAAGAAUUAGGCAGCCUCCAUGAGCUCAGAUACCUCUCCGUUGACAGGUUGGAGAGGGCGUGGCUGGAAGUUGAACCGGGAAGAGAUACGAGCCUCUUUAAGGGUAAACAAAAACUGAAACAUCUACAUUUACAUUGCUCAUAUACAUCCGAUGAUCACACGGAGGAAGAGAUUGAAAGAUUCGAGAAGUUGUUGGAUGUGGCACUUCAUCCACCAUCAUCUGUUGUUUCGCUCAGGUUACAGAUUUUUUUCCUUCUCCGGUUCCCUAGCUGGAUGGCGUCUGCAAGCAUCAGUUCGCUUCUUCCAAACAUAAGACGCUUGGAACUACUUGACUGCUAUCAUUGGCCACUGCUUCCACCGCUUGGGAAGCUCCCUAACUUGGAGUUCCUUGAAAUAGGAGGUGCACUUGCGGUGGCCACCAUCGGACCGGAAUUUUUUGGGUGUGAAGUUGCUGCUACUGGUCAUGAUCGGGAACGGAAUUCAAAGCUCCAUUCUUCUUCUUCUUCUACUUCUCCUCCUUCGUUGUUUCCGAAACUAAGGCAGCUGGAACUCUGGAAUAUGACUAACAUGGAAGUGUGGGAUUGGGCAGCGGAAGGUUUUGCUAUGCGUCGCCUCGACAAAUUGGUCCUCGUAAAUUGCCCAAAGUUGAAGUCUCUACCGGAAGGCCUGAUCCGACAGGCAACCUGCUUAACCACAUUGGAUCUGACCGAUGUGUGUGCUCUCAAGUCCAUCGGAGGUUUCCCUUCUGUAAAAGAACUGAGUAUAAGUGGUGACUCAGAUCUGGAGAUUGUUGCUGAUCUCCCUGCACUGGAGCUCUUGAAGUUGGGCGGGUUUUUCUUUCCAUACAAUCAUUUACCAGAGUGGUUGGCGGCUUGCCCUGGAUGCUUCACCUCGCUCCAGAGACUGGACGUAUGGGGAACCACCCAACUCCUCCGCAGAUGCCUCCAAAAUGGCGCAGACUGGCCCAUGAUCAAACACUUUCCAAAUUUUUCCAUCAAAGAUGACCGAGGCAAUUAUAUAAACUACAUCAAGCAUUCCGGCACCUUCGAGACAAACCUAGUCGAUGAUAAUGCUGCUUUUGCUGCAGCUGCUGAAGACGAAGAAGAAGUAAAAAGACAUCAAUGAGCUUUGAGAUCGACAUCAAUCACGAUGUAAUUGGCAGUCAUGUCUAAUGACGAAUUGAGAGGUAUGCUAUAUUCAGGAAAUUAUCUAAGACAAAUUAUUGUACUUAAUGCCAUGCUUGCAACGAUAUCACAUAAUUGCGCGAAAACUAUGCGUUCCACAUGUCGGACAUCGUCAGAUUAUGGAUAGCCGAGAGGUUUGUCGAAGCACGAGAAGAUGUCACUUUGGUGGAAACAGGGGAGCAAUAUCCUAGAGAGCUGCUUCAUAGGAGCCUUCUACAAUCGGAGUCUUACGGUCUGGACUACGAUGAGUCUUCCAUGAUGCAUGACCUGCUACGAUGGCUCGGCCAUUUUCUAUCGAGAGAUGAGAGCUUGUUCAUUAGUGACGUGCUGGAGAACUGCUGCCGCCCCAAUGACCACUAAGCUCCCGUCUCUUGUCAAGAAAUGGCCGAGUGAUCGCAGCAGGUCAUACAUGGUGCAGCUCCAGCCGACGUACAGAUGGUGGGGGUCGAGUGACCACUAAGCUCCCGUCUCAUCUCUCGAUAGGAAAUGGCCGAGCCAUCUUAGCAGGUCAUGCAUCAUGGAAGACUCAUCGUAGUCCAGACCGUAAGACUCCGAUUGUAGAAGGCUCCUAUGAAGCAGCUCUCUAGGAUAUUGCUCCCCUGUUUCCACCAAAGUGACAUCUUCUCGUGCUUCGACAAACCACUCGGCUAUCCAUAAUCUGACGAUGUCCGACAUGUGGAACGCAUAGUUUUCGCGCAAUAAGGCACAGUAGAGAAAACAUUGCUUGAGAUGGGACGGCAAGUCUUGGUAGCUCAGAUACAGUGCUCCGUGCCCACCUUGGGGAAGCCCGGUCCGUGACCAUGCGGCGCUGCGGAGAACUUCCUCCCACGCAUUUCUGUUGAGUCCUCUAUCGCGGAGGACCCCUCCGAUGGUCUUAAUGACCAGGGGAAGCCCUCCGCAUUUCUCAACAAUCUUCAUGCCUAUGUCCUUGAGAUCUUGGGCAUCCCUUUCCUCCUCUGCAUUCAUUGUCGCUUUCUUGCACAGGAGGGACCAGCCAUCCUCCGGAGGCAACAGCUUCAUCUCGUGGACGUGGGCCGUCGCGAUCCCUUCGUUUCUGGUGGUCACCAGCACCCUGCUCCUCGCAAAGGAUUGCGGUGCAAGUCGUCCCAGAUCUCAGCCCUUCACACAUCAUCCAACACCAGCAAGAACUUGUUCCCUUUCAGGAGACCCUCCACCAUGGGCUCGAGCAAAGUCCGGCUCUGUGCUCCACCGUGACUUCCCCCGGCGCUGGUGACGAUAUCCCUGAGAAGAUCCGUCUCCGUGAACUCUUGGGACACGAACACCAUAUGAAGGUGAAUGUGAAGGACACAGAUAUGUUAGAAAUUGUACCUUCAUGGAGGAUUCAUUAAGCAAUACUGUUUUGUGUUCUUACGACUUUAAGAUAAAAGAAAAGAAAAAGAAAAAAAAGACUGGAUCGGCUUUGUGUUC